AUGAGUAGACGUAUAGAAAGAAGACGUGCUCGUAAAGGCCCAGCAGCUUCUCCUGCUGAGACCUCUUUAAUAGAAGGGAUACAGGACAUGGAAUUGGGGGCAGAAAGACAACUUAUACCAUUUUCUUCUGAAUCAUGCAUUGAGCCUAAGAGAACACUUGAUUUAUUCAACGAAGUACUUAAAGAUAUCUUACAAUCUCCUACGCUUCAUGAUCAUGUCCAGGAGGUCAAGAGAGCAUUAUAUAAUCGAGAUUAUAUGGCUGCAUUUGAUACUGACAAUAAACGAUUUGCAUAUGUUUCCAGAUGGACUCCAGCCAGAGCCUUAUCGUAUUCAUCACUCUUUGCGUCAUUCCAAGCCAUCAAAAGACUCCUUGCCGAUAAGGACCAGAAAAGAAAGGUUUUAUGUGUUGGAGGAGGUGCUGCCUCAGAGUUAGUAGGGAUUGCAUCAUUAUUUUGUCGAUUAAAGGAGUUUAAUCCUAACUCCGAUUCUCAAUUGGAUGUUACUAUAGUAGACAUUGCCAAUUGGAGUACGGUAGUCACCCAUUUUACAUCCUAUAUCAAAUCCCAUUGGAUAUAUAAGCCAGAAAAGUUGAAUACGACAUUUAUUGAAGGAGAUAUCUUGGAUUCCAAAGUCAUAUCUAAUGAAGGGUUUGAUGUUGAUUUCAUUACUUUAUUAUUCACCACCAAUGAACUUUUUUGUGCAAAGAGAUCGGAAACCAUAAAGUUUCUUCAAAGAUUAAACACCAAUUGUAAGAAGGGAGCAUAUUUACUAAUUGCUGAAAGUGCUGGAUCAUAUUCUCAUAUAACUGUGGGCACCAAAAAGUUCCCAGUCCAGUUCUUGGUGGAUACUAUUUUAGUAGGGAAGCCAAAUGAUGAUAAUGGUGCAUGGGAAAUUGUUGAUAGUUCUGAAAGCUGCUGGUACAGAAUAAAUGAAAAGGAGGUUUCCUAUCCAAUGAAGUUGGAGAAUAUGCGUUUCUUCUUUCGGUUGUAUAGAAAGAGAUAA